AUGAGCGUCCAUUCUUCAAGCCUCCAGUCCGAUCGUCAUCCAAGUACGGACGCGGAAAGCUUUUCAGAGAUCAAGAUGAGUGAAGAGUUCUACUUUGAGAGCAUCAUUUUCCAAGUGGAGAGUCAACUGUAUAAAGUUCCAAAACACCAUUUCCUGGUGGAAUCUCCGGUAUUCAGAGAUAUGCUGAGCCUGCCCAUUCCCGAAGGACAAGAGGUCGAAGGAUCAAGCAAAGAGCGCCCAAUCAUUCUCGAAGAGGUUAAGACAAUUGAGCUCCGAUCCUUGUUGAAGGUCAUGUUUCCCCCACCCUUCGUAAAGACGAGCUUGGGGGUUGAUGAGUGGGAGGGAGUCAUCAAACUCACCGAUAUGUGGGGUAUGGCCCGGAUGAAGGAACAUGCAGCGAGAGAAUUGGCAGCCUUGCUUUCAGAAGACCCCAUCUCCCGUGUCGUAUUCGGAAGGCGAUAUAAACUGAAAGACUGGCUUAUCCCUGCAUACAAUGAAUUAAUAUGGAGGGAAAAGCCCCUCGACCUUCGCGACCUCAAGAUGCUGGGCCCGGGGACAACUCUGCAGAUUUGUGCGCUACGAGAACGAAUCUGUCCAAAAGACUGCGUACAUUGCGGCAGCUCGUUGACCAAGGGUAGGCGGCAGGACCUGCUUCGGAGUCAUUAUACUGUACAAGCCUCUGACUUUGGGAUGUACUUCGAUGUGGAUGAGGGUCGAACCGGACAAACCCUUGCCGCUGUGGCCAACGACAUAGUGCCGCGAUUGGAACUCACGGAAUAUUAUAAUGGGAAAUGCCAUGUAUCCUUUGCAUAG